CCUCACACCAAUCUAAGGCCGUUUUGCCAACCGUUCUUUGAUAUAGGUCCACCAGAUGCGCCAACAAACGUCAAUAUUAUGGAUGUUGACUCAGACUCUGUGCAACUGGAAUGGAACCGUCCGCGCAAUGACGGUGGCAAACGGAUUUCCAAUUAUAUCGUCGAGUACCAGCCAGUCUCUGGCGAAGAAUGGAAGCGUGCAACGACUGGACCCGUAAAAGGCACUGCAGCAACUGCAAAAGCUGGUCCUCCUGGAAGUCCUACUGCGGACAGUGUCGGCAAGGACUACGUGAAUCUCUCCUGGACUCGACCCAAAAACGAUGGUGGAGCUCGAAUUCUCGGGUACCUUGUGGAAAAAAGGAAGCGCGGCACAACUAACUGGGAGCCUGUGGAGCCGAGUAGUGGUACCAAUGCAGGAGAAACUAUUCCUUCAAUAGGUGCAGAUGGUGGGUUCUCAGUACCUAUGACCACGUCAAACUCGAUGCAUGUAGGCGGCCUAGAGGAAGGCAGCGAGUACGAAUUUCGCGCUACUGCUGUAAACGCUGCAGGACCAGGAGAGAAAGGACAGAGCUCGGAUCCCGUCAAAAUCCAGGACAAGAGAAGUAGGUUGAUCUUUGUUUGUCCAACAAGCUUCAGAUAG